ACCAAAUCAGAGAGAGAGAGAAAUAACAUCUAUAAUCUAUUACAGGUAACAUGAUCGGACAGCUUAUUAUUCUCAAGGCUACGGAGCUCUGUCUCGGCCUCCCCGGCGACGCUGAGGCCAACGAGAAUCUGGCAAAACCGGCGGUGGGAAACAAGAGAGGCUUCUCAGAGACCGUUGAUCUCAUGCUCAAUCUUCAAUCCAACAAAGAAGGAGCCGUCGAUCUUAACAACGUCGCCUCAGCUUCCAAAGACAAAACUCUCCUCAAAGACCCUGCUAAGCCUCCUGCUAAAGCCCAAGUGGUGGGAUGGCCACCUGUGAGGAACUACAGGAAAAACAUCAUCACACAGCAGAAGACAAGUGGCAAGGAGGAGGCCAGCAGCGAGAAGGCUGGAAAUAGCGGCGGAGGAGCUUCCAGAGCUGCAUUGGUUAAGGUAUCCAUGGACGGAGCUCCUUACCUAAGGAAAGUGGACCUUAAGAUGUACAAAAGCUACAAGGAUCUCUCUGAUGCUUUGGCUAAAAUGUUCAGCUCCUUUACUAUGGGAAACUAUGGAGCACAAGGAAUGAUAGAUUUCAUGAACGAGAGCAAGCUAAUGGAUCUGCUUAAUAGUUCUGAAUACGUUCCAAGCUACGAGGACAAAGAUGGCGAUUGGAUGCUCGUCGGGGAUGUCCCAUGGGAAAUGUUUGUCGACUCAUGCAAACGUUUGCGCAUUAUGAAGGGAUCUGAAGCAAUUGGACUUGCUCCGAGAGCAAUGGAGAAGUACUGCAAGAACAGAUCCUGAACUUCAUAAUAAGGAAAAAGGUUCUUGAUUUUAUAUGUAAUUUUAUGAUUUUAUGUGGCUGUCUCCUAUAUAUACGUGUUGUAAUAUAAAAUAUUUGAUCGGUAUAUAGGGCAAUAGUAUUGUUUUACCAGUAAGAUGUGGACAAAUUUGUAAUGUGACCAAAAGAGAGGAAACUUAAAAAUCUC